AUGGCAGAAGCCACCUCAGUACCUACAGUUUUUGUCUGCAGCGCUACGGGCAGCCAGGGCGGCUCCGUAGCUCGUCAGCUUCGCUCUCUCAAUUGGAAUGUGCGUGCUACAGCUCGCAAUUUAGACUCGCCCGUCGCCAUCGCGCUCAAAGCGGCUGGAGUGCAGCUCUCGCAAGGUGAUUGGGACAAUGCCGAGGCACUCGCAGCCGGAAUCGCCGGCUGUGACAAGCUCUUCCUCUGCCUGUUUCCCAACAUGGCGGAUUUGUCUGCCGAGACCAAACAGGCUCAGCGCAUAGCUAGUAUCGCCAAAGCCGCAGGUGUCAAACAAGUUGUGUCAUCUACGAGUCUGGGCGUUUCGCAGCUCGAAGCCAAGAUCCACGUUGUCGAGGGCUCCUUUAUGGAGAAGCAUCUCCUUGGCAAAAAAGCUGUGGAGCAGGCCGUUUUAGAUGCCGGGUUUGAGUCUCACACCUUCCUACGGCCAUCUUUUUUUAUGGCCAAUUUCAUGGAGCCCAAAUGCGUCCGGUAUCCGGAAGUCAGGGACAAGGGCACCUGGACUACUUCGUUGACGCCUGAGACGCAGUUCCCGCUUGUUGACCACCAGGACAUUGCGAGCUUGGCCGUGGCAGUGUUCCAGAGGCCUGAGGAGCUAAAUGGUCGCGCGUUCAACGUCGCCAGCCAGAUUCUGCCGAUUCAGCGCAUCCUGGAUGAGCUCGCGGAUGCGGCUGGGAGACCUGGUGCGUUCAAGGCCAUCUUUGUGAGAGAUGACGCAGAGGCUCUGGGGAGCCCAAAUGCGCUGAUCAAUUCGGCCAAGACGAUGCGGUCGAUGAGCGAAUACAUCGAUCUCGACGAGCUGUCCAAGUAUACACCUCUAACGACGUUUAAAGACUAUCUCGUUCGCGAACAGGCGAGCGUAAAACAAACCUAUCCGUGA